UUGCUUGUGUAUGGAUAUGGGUGUGAAAAUGUUUUUUCUUUUUCAUUUACUUUUUCUUUUUGAGUUUUAGUCAAUUUCCCAGGAAAGCCAAUACUUUUGGGAUAGUCUUAAAAAAUGGGUUUAUUGACAAAAAUUCAAACAUGGAAGAAAAAAGGGUUUGUUGAGAAAUUAUUCAAGCUUCAUGUUGUGGUUCCGAAUAAAAUUUCCAAAAGUGCAAUUGUUAUUCUUUAUAAAUGGGCCUUUUGUUUGUGGGUUCACCUUUUAAAUCAGUGAUAUUUUCUGUUAAUAUGUUUGGAUGGAAUGAUUUUUCCUUGUAUCUCAUUUAUUUUGUAGUUAUUUUAUUCUAGAUUUGGGAGAAGUUCAUCUUUGGCUUAAUUUUACAGCUUUUCUUCGGCUGUAUUGACUUAUCCUGUUAGACAUAUUUCCUUUUAAAAGAGGAGAAUGUGAAAGAGAUAAUAGUAUAUACACAUGAUCUUCCUUUUCUGAAUGUAAAUUCAGAUUUCAUGGAAUAUAUGGUAUUUUUCCAUUUUGCAAAAACCUAAAUCUUUAGAUAUAGGUUCAUUGCUUUCUGUUUCCUCGGUCUGCAGCCUUUUCCUUUUGACCCAAAUCUCAUUUCUUUCAUAGAUAAGUGACUUGAUAUAUAUUCUAGAUGUGACAUGGAUUUUUCUGAGUCCACAGCAGUUGUUUUCAAUAGAAUUCAAAAACUAGAACCAGAGAAUGUUUCAAAGAUUAUAGGGUAUCUUCUUGUUAAGGGUUUUAGUAAGGGAGAAAUGAUUCGGUUGGCUUUUGGUCCCGAUAAGGCGAUUCGUAUGAUAAUUGAAGGGGUCAAAAUAGAGCUUGGUUUGAUUCCAAACCCACCAUCUCCAAUCUCUCCUCACUUCCCUCCUCUCUCUCCUUCAACUGGUUCUUGGUUCCCUUCAUCUUCUCCGUCUCCUGUGAACCGAUAUCUCCAACAUGCUACAGAGCAACUACCAAAAGAUUAUAGUCUCCAAAGUCAGCCUUUGGGUUUAGAGGAACAGUUAGAACAGGUCAACCCAGCAAUUUUAGGAGUUUCCGGUGAUUACUAUUACCCGGAGACGGCAGUGGAAAAUUUGAGUGUGAGGACGGGUCCAAGAUCUCUGAUUGGUUCGGAAUUUCCAGUUAAGGUUUGUCACUAUUUCAACAAGGGGUUUUGUAAGCAUGGAAAUAAUUGUCGAUACUUGCAUGCACAAGUCUUUCCUGAAGUUUUAAGCCCUAUUGCAAAUGAUCUUGCUAAUGAUGAUCAUAUUUUCUCACCUGGUUCAAUUGAGAAGUUGGAAUUGGAGUUAACAGAGCUCCUGAAAUCAAGAAGAGGCAAUCCUGUCUCCAUUGCCUCUCUGCCUAUGAUGUAUUAUGAGAGAUAUGGUAAGGGUCUUCAGGCUGAAGGGUACCUCACUGAGAGCCAACGACAUGGGAAAGCUGGUUAUAGUUUGACAAAGCUUCUUGCUCGGUUGAGAACCAUUCGACUAAUUGACAGGCCUCAUGGGCAGCAUUCAGUAAUUUUGGCAGAAGACGUGCCAAAAUACAUGGAAAGCCGGAGUGAGAGGAGUGACCCUGGUCCAAUUGUAAGUGGUUCCCGGCAGAUAUAUCUGACAUUUCCAGCUGAGAGUACUUUUACUGAAGAAGAUGUCUCUGACUACUUCAGCACCUUUGGACUGGUUGAGGAUGUGAGGAUUCCCUGCCAGCAGAAACGGAUGUUUGGGUUUGUAACCUUUGACAGUUCUGAUACCGUGAAGAGCAUUUUGGCCAAGGGAAGUCCACAUUAUGUUUGUGGGGCUCGUGUUCUUGUGAAACCUUACAGAGAAAAGCCAAGGACUGGUGAUAGGAAGUAUUCAGAGAAAUUUGAGUCUUCAAUGUAUUAUCCUUUGCAAUAUGCAGACAUGGAUUCUGAGCUUCACAUGAUGCCUAGAGGAAUGGAGACCUCGAGAUUGCUCAGAAAGCAAAUUAUGGAAGAGCAAGAGUUUGCACAGGAUCUUGAAUUUGAGACAAGGCGUCUCUCCAAGCUGGAUCUUGAAUUUGAGACAAGGCGUCUCUCCAAGCUGCAGCUAGCACGAAAUCCUCUGGCCAAUCAGCUCCACCAUGGCUAUUCCUUGGAUGAACUAAAAGUCUUGGAAGCACAUGCAAAUCAUUCCAAGUUCCCGACUGUUGUCCAUUCCAAUUAUCCAUUGGAUGUUUCAAACAAUGGCUCUACAAGUGAUGAUAAGCCAUGGCGUGCAGUCAACAACCCCAUCGAUCAUAAGAGUUCAGGUCUUGAACUCCCGGAUAGCCCAUUUGCAUUUCCGAUAGGAAGCAGCAUUUCUACAAUAUAGCAAGCAGCAUUUCUACAGUCACAUAGGUUCAGCAACACACAGAUGAAUGAUAGGAGUAUAAAACAGAUAGGUUUCAAAGGCAGCAUCAUCGGUUUGAUACAGAACAGCUUCUUCCUACACUUUCUCCCCUUACAAUUCAUGGAUAAAUGGAUCAAAGUUCCCUGCAAGUAUAUACCAACAGAAGAAGAAACACUGCAAACAUCUCCUCGUUGUUAUCCAGGUAAUGAAUGAGGCAUAGCUAGUAAAGAAGAAAAUGAUACACAAAAUCUGCAUGUAAGAAAGUUGUUUCGGUUUUUUUAAUGUUAAUCACAGAAGAAAUGAGGUCUGGAUCUAUAGGAGAGGGUGUAAUAUAGUUUUCUACUAAAAGAAAGAAACUAGAGUAUAUGCGGGGUCUUUAGAGGUAAAUACAUGUCUAUAAUUUAUGUAACACCGAACCAUAAAAGGCUUCAAGCAAAGUUAGCAGCAUCCCAUACCAAUUUAUGAGAAUCUCCAAAUUUUGCUGGGGCUCCUCACAUGAUGGAGUUGGGUUUGCAUUGCCUCAUCUAAUCAGUUGUGGGCAAAUGAGGCUUUUCUGCA